GGGGAAGGGCCAGGUAGCCCUUCAAACGAAGAUUUUUCGGGAGCACACUUCAGACGAAGGGUUAUAAUCAAUUUCCAACAUGGCCGAACGAGCGAACAGAGAAACCCAUAAAUGGACACCUGAGGAAACACGAAGGCUCAUACGUUUUCGUGCUGAAAACGAGCAGCGCUUCUUGCGAUCGAAAUACACUGCAAAACAACUUUGGGAGACACUUAUAAAAGACUUGGGUUUGGAGGGAAAGGUGACUGGCCAACAGGCAUCAAAGAAGUGGGAAAAUUUAAAGAAGAAAUACAAGGACCUUAAAACACCAAAAACUGGCUCUGGAACAGAUGCUGGAGAGGUAACUGCUUCUUCGUGGCAGUAUUUUGAAGAAAUGCAUGAGGUGUUGGGUUCCAGGCCUUCUAUAGAUCCUCCUGUGGUGGUUUCUUCAUUCACUGAUGAGGAACCCAUAACACUCACCAUGGAAAGUGUUGACUUCAGUGAAAUUCCUGCUGUCAGCACCACUGGACCACUGCCAAAUACAUCAGAAGAGACAGCCUCUUCUAGCACAGCAUCCUCCAUGAUGGUAGCAAGCCCCCCAACUCCAUCUCCCAAAAAAAGGAAAAGAAAAAGUAAUCCAAUUUUAGAUUUUUUAACUGAAGAGUCCAUCAAGGAACAGAAACGCCACGAAGAGAGUGAGGCCAAAACUGUGAGGUUUUUGGAUCUAUUUGAAAAAAUGAUAGACAAAUUAUAGUUGUCUUUUAUACCCGUUUACAUUUUGCACAGUUCUUUAAAAGUUCUUAGUUUACAAAUUUGCACUAAUGUUUCCUUGCAUAAUCCCAUGUUGUUCUGUUGUUUACAUUGUUUCUGAAAUUUUAAUUUUGUAUAUGCUGUUUUAUACGUUAUGAUUAUUUAAAGAUUCUUUUUAUUUAUUAAAGUGCAAUAUUUUGGUUUGUUAUGACUUGCACAUUCUCCUACCUCCUUAAAAAGAUUUUGAUAUAUUU